AUGUCGCACAGACAAAUCUACUAUUCGGACAAAUACAACGAGGAGCACAUCGUGCUGCCCAAGGACAGAGCCAAGCUGGUCCCUAAAACCCGUUUUAUGUCUCAAUCUGAUCAGAGAAAUCUUGGUGUUCAGCAGAGUCAGGGAUGGGUCCAUUAUAUGAUUCAUGAACCAGAACCUCACGUCUUACCAUUCAGGAGGCCACUACCCAAGAAGCCAAAGAAAUGA